UAUAUACCCCAAGAAGACAUUUCGGAAGGAACAAAAAGGGUGACACGAUCAAAGGUAGAUAGGACAUCUGAUGUUAUAUUAGAGAAUCCAGUAGUGCCUGUUAUUGAUUUGUCUGAUUCAGUUGAUAAAAUUGAGGAACUUCCAACCAGGAGUACGAGGACUCGUACUAAAAAGAAAGCAGAAUCUGCUUCAGUUGAAAAUACAAAAACAAAAAAUGCUUCAGAUACCAAAGAAGAUACUGAAUUGUCUGAACCUCCUGUAAGAACAACAAGAACAAAAAGAAAAAGAUCAAAGUCAAAUUCUACUACAGAUGAACCAUUGCAUAAAGAUGAGUCUUGCAUUGGCGCUGGAAAUGAAACAAUCACAAACAUAUCUGCACAUACUGAAUAUGAAGAUACAGUUUCACAAUUUGAAAAUAGGCCAAAUGCAACAUUUAUUGUUUCUAUGGAAGGUGAUUCUAAUGAGGAACAAAUCAAACUCGGAGGACAUAUGAAUGAAACUGUUGUAAUUGAUCCUAGCAAGAAUCAAGAAAUUGCCAUGAGUAACACAAAUGAUUUGAUUACGGAUGAUGAAAGCAUAGAGGAACAAGAAACUGCUAUUGUGAAACAACAAAAGAUCAAAAAAGAUAACUCUUAUGAAAACAGUCCUGUUAAGAAGAAAGUGGAAGUUUUUGAAAAUUUACAGAAAAACAAAAAUAUAACUACUUCAAAAUUGAACGCUAGCAAUAUUUUGAGAGAACUGGAAGGCAAUAAGGGAAAUGUUAAAGAAAAAGCUAAAGGAUUUUUUGCUCAAAAUUCCAUAGGUGUCACCAAAACUAAUCCUCCAAGUGCAUCAGAACUGAGACAAGCCAUGAAUGAAGAAAGAAAGAAGAAAUAUGAAGAGAAAGUUAAGAGAGUACUACAACAUCAGAAGGAAACUAUGGAGAAGGAAAAAGAAAAAGUGUUGGAAUUACAACGAAUCAAGGAAGAGAGAUAUAAAAUGGUCCUUCAGCAAAAGGAAGAGAAACAGAGAUUGCUUAAAGAAGAGAAUGAAAGGAAAAGACAACUGGCCAAGCAAAGGGCAGAAGAAAAAAGAAAAGAGGAAGAAGCAUUGAGAAUAGCAGCACAAGAGAAAAAAGAACAAAAAAGAAAGAUAGAAGGCGAUAUUCCAAAGAAAUUUGGUAAAAUGAUCCCAAUAUAUAUGCAUCAACCAACACCACCUUUACCAUGUUACGAUUGUUAUGAUUCAGAUGAUGAACGUUAUACAGAAAGAAAGAAUAUACCUGUGUGGGCCUCAAAAACAAAUGUGAGAAAAUGGGAUUACAUUCAAAUGGGAAUAGGACACAAAAUAAAAAAUACAAUGUUCUGUUGUCACUCACAGAAUGUAGAUCUAAAAGAAGUUUUCCAAAGGAUUGAUCCCAAAAACCUCUCUGUUUUAUAAUAAAUCGUUCCUUCAAGGAGGGCAUUUUUCCUGAUCAACUGAAAAUUGCCUUGGUGAAACCGUUGUACAAGAAGGGACCUAUCGGGGAUCCGAAUAGCUACAGACCAAUCAGCAUAUUGCCAUCGUUCUCAAAAAUCUUUGAGAAAAUCUUGACAAAUAGAUUAAUGAUUUUUUUUCAUAAGUUUAAUAUUAUUUCAGUGCAUCAACAUGGCUUUGUGAAAAACAGAAAUAUAGAAACUGCGGUCUAUGAGCUGAUUAAGGAAGUUCUCGUGACCAUUGAACAAGAUGAGGUUCCCAUGGGCUUAUUCUUGGACCUGUCGAAGGCCUUUGAUUGUGUGGAGCAUAAAAGACUGUUGGAAAUUUUAGAUGACUGUGGAGUAAGAGACAAUCAGUUGAGACUCAUUGAGAGUUAUUUGUCAUCCAGGAAACAAAUGGUUGUCAUGGAGGUGGAUGGUGAGCUUCUUAUAUCGGAUGAAAGAGAGAUAUCUAUGGGCGUGCCAUAGGGUAGCAUUCCAGGACCUGCACUUUUUAUUGUGUACAUAAACCGGUUACCAAAGGCUAGAGUUGCAGUGAGACAUUCAAUGGGUAUGUUCGCAGACGACACCAAUUAUCUACUAAAACUCCGUAAUGUUUCCACCGCCACCGAGGAAUCUAGAGGAUUGCUGACGUCUGUAGGAGAAUGGUUUUGUAACCACAAUCUUCUUUUGAACAUUGACAGUGAAUGUUUUUUUAUAGUGAAAGAUCCAAGCUACAAUAUCCUUUGUCAAUUAACAUCUCAGGCAAAGAUGUCAUGGUUGAAGAUAGUGUUGUUUUUCUGGGGGGUUGUAGUUGAUAAACAUCUGAAGUGGGGACCUCAUACAGAACAACUUAGAGGAAGACUGAAUUCUGUUUGUUACCUGCUUUUCAUGUUACGGAAUCAGAUUGACCUUGAGCUUCUAAAACUGGUGUAUUAUUCUAAUUUUCAGUCCAUUUUGUCAUACGGUAUAAUAUUCUGGGGUAACUCCUCAUAUGUGAGUGGUCUUUUUGUUGUGCAAAAGCGAGCUUUGAGAACUGUGUUACAUCUUGGAUAUAGGGAAUCAUGCAGGGGUUUCUUCAAAAGUAACAAUAUACUUACAGUUUAUGGACUGUACAUUUAUAGACUGUUAAUCUUUGUCAGUAAACAUAGCCAGUAUUUUGAGCCAUAUAAAAACUUGAAAAAUACAAGAAGAAUGUGUCCUCUUAUUGUACCAACACAUAAAAC